AAUCGAUGGAAGGAAGUAUUUCCGGCCCAAUCAUGGCAAUCGCAGUGGUCAUUCGUCGUCGUCGACGUUUGGAUGCUCGUCGUCAGGCUCUUCGCUUGAGGAUAGCUUUGCUUCUUCUAUGUCAGCCGAAUUCGCUUUUGGAGAGAAUGUAAUGAUGGAUAAGGGGCAGGUCAGCGAGAAGAACCAGCUGAACAUCGUGAACAUCGAGAACGGCCUGGAUACACGUACGACGGUCAUGAUCAAGAACAUCCCAAACAAGAUGAGCGACCAGGACCUCAUGGCCUUUAUCGAUCGGGUCUGCCCCAGGCGCAUCGACUUCUUGUAUCUGAGGAUGGACUUCCAGAACGGAUGCAACGUCGGCUACGCGUUCGUGAAUUUCAUCACCGUCCAGGACCUGCUACACUUUGCGACAACCCAGCUUGGCGUCAAGUGGAACAUGUACUCCAGCGAGAAAGUGCUUCAGAUGAGUUACGCCAAUUAUCAGGGUAAAGAAGCCCUAGUCGAGAAGUUCAAGAACUCAUGCAUCAUGGACGAACGCGAGGCCUGGCGUCCCAAGAUCUUCUUCUCCAAUGGCCCAAACCAGGGCCUUCCCGAGCCGAACGAAGCGCAAGCAAUCGCGGGGCCCUGUUCGUUCCCGGGGUACAUCACUACAGUGGGCGAGGCCGUGGCCACGCGCAUUGCCAGCCACCCCCGGGCCAUGGGCACUUCAGGCAACAGGGCUUCGCGCCGAGGUUUUAAGACCUACAGCAUGGCUGCUUCUUGGCAUCUCGCACCUGCCGCUCGAUCAUCCGCUCUACUGAUCAUUCAUUCGUCUCGACUCAUGUCGCCUGCAUAAUCUGCUCUUCCUCGCUCUCUCGUCUCGUGUAUCGCUCUGUCACAUAAGCCGCGCUCGCUCACUCGCUUCCUGCUGCUCACUCCGUGUUCAUCUUUGUCUCACCACAUUUCGCCCUUGGACUCGCACCUGCAUGACUGUGCUCA